GAACAAAAAAUGAACUCUUUCAAACAUGACAGAUUUUUAUUAUAUCCCACAGUCCACCUACAUCUCUACCUGUUUAGUCUUCUUCUUAGAUUUCAACUCCAUCUGUGUCGGUAGGUGCCUCCCUGCUUCACCCCACCAAAACGGAUGAGGCUGGAUUCCACUCCAUAUUUUGUGUCCCACUUUGCCUUGCCAGUGUAUCUACCGUGAACACAGAGCGGUCCCCUCCACACAGCAUUUCCACUUCAACACAGCGACCAGGGGCUUCGUCUGCUCAGCGAAGUUGACUUAACGCGCUGGGAAACGCACCGCCUGGAUUCAUGUGGCACCUCCAUGCUCGCAGUCCUCUUUUCUGCGGCGCCGGGGGGACUUUUAACCAUUCUCGGUUGCGAUAGGGACCAGUUUUGUUUCGGGGAAUGUGUUUGUAGACACUAAUAGUUUAGUUGCAACCAUUAAACGCCCUGUCAUCAAGUACCUGCGGAUCUAUUGCAGGGGAGUUUUACCAGCAAGCAGGAUACUGCAGAGAGCCCGAAACAAUAAGGAUCUUGACAGAAGUGAACAAUGCUCAGACUAGAGACUAUCAUUUGCACUUUUUCUGUGCUGUCUGUUGCAGCGAGAGCAGAUUUUAAGGCACGAAAUUGCAGCGAGGUGAGGGAGGCUUGUGUCGGGAAAGGCUUCAGCUUCGCACAUGUUCCUCUUCAGGAGAUCCCAGGUGAACAUCUUCGUGUAUGUCCUCAGGGAAACACAUGUUGCACCCAGGAAAUGGAAGACAAAUUUGGCCAACAGAGUAAACAAGACUUUGAGAAUCUUGUUGAUGAAACGAGUCAUGAAUUGAGAAGCACCUUUGUUUCCAGACAUAAAAGGUUUGAUGAAUUCUUCCUGGAGCUACUGGAGAACACAGAGAGGUCCCUGAAUGAGAUGUUUGUGAGGACUUACGGUAAACCUUACAUGCAGAACUCGGAGGUCUUUGAGAACCUCUUCGCCGAGCUGAAGCGCUAUUACACAGGAGGAAAUGUUAACCUGGAGGAGAUGCUUAAUGACUUUUGGUCGCGGCUGCUGGAGCGUAUGUUCACGCUGCUCAACUCCCAGUAUGUCAUCACUGAGGACUAUCUGGAGUGUAUCAGUAAGUACACCGACCAGCUCAAGCCCUUUGGAGACGUGCCCAGGAAGCUCAAGGCUCAGGUUACCCGGGCAUUCAUCGCUGCACGCACAUUUGUCCAAGGGCUCUCUGUAGGCCGGGAGGUGGCCCAGAGGGUUUCAAAGGUAAGCAGCACUCCAGCGUGUAUGCGAGCUCUGACCAAGAUGCUCUACUGCCCUUUUUGUCAGGGCAUGCCGGCAGUUAAACCGUGUAAGAACUACUGCCUGAAUGUCAUGAAAGGCUGUCUGGCCAAUCAAGCUGAUCUGGAUCCAGAGUGGAACCUGUAUAUUGACGCCAUGCUGCUGGUGGCACAGAGGCUGGAGGGACCUUUCAACAUUGAAUCUGUCAUGGAGCCUAUUGAUGUCAAGAUUUCAGAGGCCAUCAUGAAUAUGCAAGAUAACAGUGCCCAGGUCUCCUACAGGGUUUUUCAAGGCUGUGGCCAGCCAAAACCCGCAGGCAUGACUAGGUCUACCCGUGGUGUUUCGGAUGUGUUCAACGCUCGCUUCAGGCCAUACAGCCCAGAAGAGCGGCCUACCACUGCAGCUGGCACCAGCCUAGACAGACUGGUGGUUGACAUAAAAGAGAAACUGAAGCUGUCUAAGAAAUUUUGGUCCAACCUGCCCGAGGCGAUGUGCGUGGAGGACAGAGUGACCGCUGGAAAUGCCAGCGAUGACGAGUGCUGGAAUGGACACACCAAGGGCAGGUAUUUCCCUGAAGUUCAAAAGGAUGGACUGACCAACCAGGUGAAUAACCCAGAGGUGGGCGUGGACAUCACCCGCCCAGACACCUUCAUCCGCCAGCAGAUCAUGGCUCUGAGGGUGAUGACCAACAAGUUGAAAAAUGCCUACAACGGCAAUGAUAUCUACUUUCAGGACUCAAGCGAUGAAGGCAGCGGCUCCGGCAGUGGCAGCGGCUGCACAGAAGCCUGCCCCACAGAUAUGGAUGGUGCUGCUACUGAAGCCCCAGUGGUGGAAGCUGACCGUAGUGGUCCUGUGGAUGACUCUGACCCGCUCCGUGCUCCCUCUGUAGCCCUGCCAGCCAUGCUGGCCCUCUCAGCCCUGGCACUCCACCGACAAUGGAGAUAAUGCUGGAGGAACUGGCUAAACAUGGACAGCAGGGUUUUUUUCCUCUCUUUUUUUUUUUUUUUUUUUUUUGCAGUUUUUGUAUUCAGGCAGAUUGGAGCGACAGUGAAGCAGACAGUAUUCAGGCUGCCAGCCUCAAGGCUAGAGGAGUCUGCUCUGAAAAAGAGAGCAGUCAUGCAUCGUGAUUUCCCACUUUCCCAAAGAUCAUGCAGUGCCAUCUUUUGACUCUAUAUUUUAUGGCAUCAUUUCACCAUCUAACACUGAUGCCGACCCAACAAACUCUGCUUCAGAGAUUUCUUGCACAUCUGGCAGGUAUUAAUGUAGGUCUCCAUGUGGAAAAAUAUAACACGCACUUUGAUUGUUUUGAUUUUUUUUUUUUUAUGCAAAAUUGUUGUGUGUGUGUGUGUUGAAAAAUGUUGAGAAUGUGGUUAUUUCAUGCACCUAAAAGAGGCACACUAAGUUGAUUAUAUGUUUAACAUUAUAUUUUAAAACAAAUGCAAAGGAUAAUGAUGAAAUUCAGGAACAUGUGGUUUCCAACUUUUAAUUGAAUCCUUGUUUCAUAGUCAUUAAAUCAUGCGUCAGUUAUUGAUUUUUGAUGAGAAGCAGUUGAAUAUUUAUCAUAUUCCUUCAUCUUAUGUUUUGCCAUAAUUUCAAUAAUGAAAUUUGGCAAGAGGACCUGGAUCUGCUCUGCUCUUAGCUAUCCACUGAAACUCCUCAACAGCCGCCUUGUGUUAAAAGUCACAUUCUGUUUAAGGGAUAAGAUUGACAUUUUAUAUACUCAUUUGCCUUGUAUUAUCUGCACAAUAUUCUCAUAUCAUGCUGGUUUCUAAGGCUUGGCUUCAGGAGCAGAAAGCCUGGACAGAAUUCGUGUGGAGCGAUUACUGACACACAGAGAAGGUGCCACAAAUAUACAGUAAUGCUAUCAAAGUGAUGCUGGUUCUGUGGUGCUGUGGAGUGCACACCAGUUCCUUUCAGAGAGGGCUAAACAAAUUCUUAUACUAAUUCUACAGUGAUUAAUCAAUAAUUUAUUUGUUUUAUCAGUAUGGGUGUAUGUCUGCAUUAAGUGAGCUGUUCCAUAACACUUUAUAACAUCAGUGACCUUUGUGGAAAGGCACACACGGCCAAAUGACAUACAAUCCACAAAUCAACUUUUUCAAAAAUAUAUUUAAAUGGUUCUUACGCUAAUGGAAAUUAUUGGGGUUUUUUUCUUCUGUUUGUGUAGAUGGUCAUUACACUAUGAACACCCAUUCAGUACAGAAUCACCAUCACUCGUCAACUCUUGUGCUGCUGUAAUCUUUAUAUUUAAAAACAGUAAUUGGGUCCUAGUUUUUCCCCCCUGCUCACAAUAAUCUACAAGUAUUUCCACAAAUAUUCCGGAUAUUAUUUUGGAUAUUAAUAUUCUGUAUUCUGAACUUUCAAAUACAGGAGUAAGAGGAACAAAAAAAAAUAUUUGUGACUUUUUGCAUAUGUGACUGAAUAGCCAAAGGUUAUCCUCCAACUGCUUUCACAGUUUGAAUAGAAUAAAAUUUGCACUGUAGGGUUUGAAAAGCUCAGAACUGAAAUACUGACA